AUGAAAGCCCCUGGACCAGACAACAUCCCGUCAAAAAUUCUAAAGUCUUUUGCAUAUAUCUUAUCAGAACCCAUCACUGACAUCUUCAACGUUUCAUUGUCGUCAGGUGUUGUACCAGAAAUUUGGAAACAGGCAAAUAUAUCCUCUAUUCCCAAAGAGUCUCCACCUAAAAUCCUUUGUGAUUUUCGUCCUAUUUCCUUAACUUCAACCCUCUCAAAAGUUCUUGAAGAAUUUGUUGUUGACUGGAUUACUGAAGAUAUAUGUGAUAAGAUUGAUGCCAAACAGUUUG